AUGUCUCAAGAAGCUACGAUCAUAGCAGUUGAUAAUAGUGAUUACAUGCGAAAUGGGGACUUCUUCCCAACACGUCUGCAGGCGCAAAAUGAUGCUGUUGGUUUGAUCUGCCAGAGCAAACGCCAACGCAAUCCAGAGAAUACCAUUGGUUUGUUGUCCCUUGCAAAUACCGAGGUACUCUGUACGCUAACAAAUGAUGUGAGUAAGAUAUACAAUCGUCUACACCUCGUGGAGCCAAAAGGCAGCAUCAUCUUCUGCUCAUCAAUAAGGAUAGCCCACCUCGCACUUCGUCAUCGUCAAUUGAGACAUCAGAAAAUGAGAAUCGUAUGUUUCAUCGGUAGUCCUAUAUUAGAGGAUGAAAAAGAAUUAACUAGGCUUGCCAAGCGUCUCAAAAAAGAGAAAGUUAAUGUCGAUAUUAUUAAUUUUGGUGAGAAUGAAACAAAUGAGCAAAAGUUAUCAGAAUUCAUCGACACACUGAAUGGAAAGGAUGGGACAGGUUCUCACCUCAUAUCUGUUGCCCCGGGGACAGUCUUACAUGAUACUUUGAUGACCAGCCCCGUUGUUGCUGGUGAGGAUGGUUCUGGGAUGGCUGGUGCUGGGUUAGGCUUGGAGUUUGGAUUAGAUGGGGCAGAGGAUCCUGAUCUACUCUAUGCCCUCAGAGUAUCAAUGGAAGACCAGCGCAUGCGUCAGGAGCAUGAGGUUAAUGGAGAUGGUAGUAAUACUUCAGUCGUAGCAACAUCGUUACCAGCUGGGUCAGGAACAUCCGAAGAAGCUAUGCUUCAGCAGGCUUUGGCUAUGUCAAUGCAAAUGAAUAAUACCGAAUCUUCAUCCUUGCCUAUGAUAUCGACCUGGCAGCUAUGUCAGAAGAAGAUCAGAUAG